AUGUCGGCGUCCAACAGAAAAAUGCAGAAGGUGAUGGUUCAACCCAUUAAUCUGAUCUUCAGAUAUCUCCAAAACAGAACCAGAGUCAUGAUCUGGCUUUAUGAGGAUGUCAACCAUCGUAUCGAAGGAUACAUCAUGGGCUUCGAUGAAUACAUGAACAUCGUUCUUGAUGAGGCCGAAGAGUUGAACUUGAAGACUAAGAACUCUAAGAAACUAGGACGUAUCCUUCUGAAAGGAGAUAACAUAACGCUCAUUCAUUCCACACAAAAUAACUAA